AUGAUAAAGUAUAAUAUAAAUAAAAUACUACAUUUACAACAUGUAAAAUUAUAAAACCAGCAAGAAAUAAACAUUGUCGUAUUUGUAAUGUUUGUGUAAGUAAAUUUGAUGAUCAUUGUAUUUGGGUUAGAUAAUGUAUUCGGUAGAAUAAUUACAUAUACUUUUCUUUAUUUAUUGAGUGAUUGCUGGAAUUCUUUGCUUGUUUGGAAUAGCUUAAAAGUAAUCAUAAUUUAAAUUAACAUAUAAAAAUGCUGUAACUAGAGAAAUCCAUUAGGCAACUUUUUUAAGAGUAUUUACUGUCAUAAGCAAUAAAAAAACAUUUUUUGUAUUCAUAAUAUUUGCGUGUCUUAUUUUUUUUAUCUCAUUAACUGCAUUUUUCUUAUGUCAUCUAAAUAUGAUUAGAAAAGAUCUAACAACUAAUGAGACAAUUAGAAAGAAUGAUUUUGAAAAAUCCUUUCUAAAUGAUAUGUAUUAAUUACAAGAAUUAGAAAAAAAAAAAGAUGAAGAAUCAUCCAAAAGACUUGCUUAGUUGAAAUUAUGUUGGAGUUCUUUAAAUAAAAGAAAAGUCUAAGGACUUAUUAAGGAAUUGAAAAUUGUAUUUAGUUAACCUAAUUGA